UGUCCUUUCGCCAUUAAAGACAGCGCCGCAGCUCAAUAAAACCCCCCCUGUCCUGUCCUGUCCUCCCUCCAUCCACCAGAGAAGAGAGCAGAGCUUGAGCUGAGCUGAAAACACAGUAGCUUGGAGGAGUAGAGGUUCGAGGGAAAGCGUCAGCCAUGUCGAAGGAGGUGAGCGAGGAGCCGGAGCACGCGCCGGCGAGGAAGGACUACUCGGACCCGCCGCCGGCUCCCCUCCUGGACCUGGGCGAGCUCCGGAUGUGGUCCUUCUACCGCGCGCUCAUCGCCGAGUUCGUGGCCACGCUGCUCUUCCUCUACAUCACCGUGGCCACCGUCAUCGGGUACAAGGUGCAGUCCGCCACCGACCAGUGCGGCGGCGUGGGGGUGCUCGGCAUUGCCUGGGCCUUCGGCGGCAUGAUCUUCGUCCUCGUCUACUGCACGGCCGGCAUCUCCGGGGGGCACAUCAACCCGGCCGUCACCUUCGGGCUGCUGCUCGCGAGGAAGGUCUCCCUGCCCCGUGCCGUCCUCUACAUCGUGGCGCAGAGCGCCGGUGCCAUCGUGGGCGUGGGCAUCGUCAAGGGCAUCAUGAAGGACGCGUACGAGGCCAACGGCGGCGGCGCCAACAUGGUGGCCACCGGGUACUCCCGCGGGACCGCCGUGGGCGCGGAGAUCGUCGGCACCUUCGUGCUGGUCUACACCGUGUUCUCCGCCACCGACCCCAAGCGCAGUGCCAGGGACUCGCAUGUCCCCGUGCUCGCGCCGCUCCCCAUCGGGUUCGCCGUCUUCAUGGUGCACCUCGCCACCAUCCCCAUCACCGGCACCGGCAUCAACCCCGCCAGGAGCCUCGGCGCCGCAGUCAUCUACAACAAGAAGGCGGCGUGGGACAACCACUGGAUCUUCUGGGCGGGGCCGUUCGCCGGAGCGCUGGCGGCGGCGGCGUACCACCAGUACAUCCUCCGGGCGGCGGCCAUCAAGGCGCUCGGCUCCUUCCGGAGCAGCCGGAGCAACUGAUACGGCCGGCCGGCCGGUAAAUUAUUGCAACGGUCACCUACCAGUACUCACCGCGCUACAGCAGCUAGC